AUAAUGUAUGUUUACACACGUUUAAUUGAGAUAUUGAUUAUGGUAUCUGAAAUUUAUCCCUAACAGAAGAAAUAGCAUUUGAACUGGAAAUUAUUGGAGGUGUUUUAAUAUUACAAAAAUUUGGAUUUUUGACAGAUAUUCUUGAGGAUGAGGGUCAGAGUUCUGGAGUAACUAAGGCAGAGGAAUUUAUAAAACAGAAGCAGCAGACACACAGCCAGGAACCAGAGAAACCAUACUAUAAUAGGGGUUUUACUUAUACACCUGACAGGGCCUCAGGUUAUACAUAUCCUUCAGCCAGGGCCAAAAUGGAGGAGGAGUCAGUUGAACAAACUAAAACAGAAGGAAGUAUUAACGUUACAAGUAAAUACGAAGACCUUUUAAGAUCACAGAUGAAUCAAAAUAAAGGUGCUCUGAAUGAUAAUGACUUAGAAUCUAGUAUGCCACCAAAGUCGGACUUUUCUGAUCUUGGUGGCAGACGUACACCUGUUGGCGAGGACGGUGAGAAACAAUAUCAGGAUGGAGAUAAUGCAUCUCCCAAAACAUUAGACAGGGGAGACAGUAUAGAAAAUAAAACAAAUAGUCAAAACGUUUCUAAAUAUAAUACCACUAUAGAUGAUUUCUUUGAACAAAGGAGCACUCAUUCGAACAGUAGUUCAAUUCAGAAUGGACUUGAUGCCUUGGAACGUAAAACAUCGCCAGCAGUUAUAGAUGAUGUACUAGGAAAUGGCCAUGCCCGAACACCAAUUUAUUCAACAGAAAGUCCUGUGUAUUCCAAGCACAGUUCAGCUCAUAGCUCUGCACGUCAGACACCAACGGCAACUACCGAGGCCUUUGAACAAGGUCGACCGGAGUCUGUUGGAUCAACACAUUCUGCAAACUCAAUGAGCAAACGUUUACUUGAUGACCUUGUGAGUGAUGCAUUAGGCCGACCUAGAGUCGAUAGGUCUUCACCUGCCUCAGAUCAAAGGGAAGGUUCAAGAACUGCAUCCACCCCCACCAGACCAGAAUCAGUAGGUUCUGCUCAUUCUGAGAACUCUUUAAGCAGACGGGCAAUUACCGAUUUAAUUGAAGACAGUUUAAAUGUGACAAGAACUCCCCCUCCAUCAAGGGAGAGUUCACUUCAAGGGUCAAGGCCUCAGACACCCCCACCUCAAGAACAGAUUGGUGAUGUAUUGAACCCUUCUGAUAGGCACUCCCCUAUACGACGGGAAUUUUUAGCCGGCUCGCCAAGUGUAUCAAAUCAUUCAGCAAAAAGCUCAAGAUCAGGCCAGAGUUCAGCUCAUAGCUCAGCCCAUAGUUCAGCUCAUAGCUCACAACGUCAGACUCCCCAAAGGGAGAUAAUUUCAAAUUCUUUACGUGCAAGUCAGGAUAAAUUGUAUUCUUCCCUUGGCUCAGGGAGUAAUGCAGGCUCUCGUCCACAGAGUUUAACUAGUGAACAAGAACUUACUCAGUACUAUGAAAACUUAGCAGACGGUAAAAAUGGAAUUAAUACAGACGUUUUAGGAAGUACUGGCCCACGAACAGGAAGUGCUGCUAGCCUUCCUGCAAUUGGUAGCCAACAGCGUUACACCCCUGAUAAACGAAGUAUGACACCAGAUAACCAUAUAAGAGUUCCAGUGGUUGGUUCAGUUAAUAAAUCAUCAUUGUUGCCAAGUCGCACUCCACCCAGAACCCCACUUUCAAACGCAAGCAGCAGAACAGUAACUCCUAUGAAUGCUGAGACAGACAGUGAAUUGAGACUAAGAGAGCAAGUAAAAGACCUAGAGACCACAAUUUCAAAUUUACGUACACUGUUACUAUCCAGAGAAAAUGAAGUUACAGAAUUGAAAGAUCAGUUUUCUGAAGUACGAAUAAUUAACGAGAAGUUACAAGGUGACCUUGACAGACACCGAGCUAGGUCAUCUCCAAGACCCCAGAUUGCAGAGUUGGAGAGAAAAGUUCGAGAUGCCUGUGAUGAGAGGGACAGCCUUAAUGUUGAGAUUUUACGCUUGAAGGAGGAACUGAAACAGAAGAAUGAGCCAGGUUUAAACAGCUAUGAUCCAAACAGUUCUGCAGCAUUACAGAGGAAAAUAGGAGAAUUGAACAGUCAGAUUCAAGAUCUGCAUGAGGCACAUGAGGCAGCCUCGGAAGAAAUACAUGCUGCUGAGAGAAAGGUGAAGGAACUGGCAGGAGAGAAUGAGACUCUUCGCAUCACUCACUCUGAGAGAGUCCGUGAGAUUGAGGAGGAAAAUAGACAUCUUAAAUCAGAGGUCCAAAGAUUGAGGGAAGGCCAAAGUGGUCAUAGUGAUGCCACAGAUUACAGAUUGAAAAUAGAACUACAGCAAGUGAAGGAUGAUAAUCGCAAUCUAAGGGAGAGAAACUAUCAGUUACAUGAUGAUAAUAUCAGAAUGAAGGAUGAGUUAUAUGAGCUUAGGAAAACUGUAGAAUUUAUGGACAAGAAAGUACAGAAGAAAGAAGAGAGAGUGAGACAGUUUGAUGCCUAUGAAAGAAGUGCUUCUGAGACAGAUAAUAUGAUGAAAUCAAGUUACCAUAGCGACCUCAGCUACUCUAGACUUUCGGAUCCUGUACCGGAGAGACGUAUGGACAGAGAACGGGAGAGUUACAUGCUCCCAAGGCCAAGUUAUGAUUCAAAGAGAUCGGAACCUCUAAGAGAUGAUAGGGAUUACAAGGAAGAACGAUUUACAAAAUCAGAAUCUAGAAGAUAUGAAAGUUUUCGACCAGGACCAGAUGGUGGAUCUUCUGACAAAUUACUGGGUUCGCUCGGGUAUUCUCGACCUUUGACCCCAGAAAGACCAAGUGCACUUGGGCCACCUAAGAGAGAAAGUACUUCAGUAUCAAAAUCACAGGAGAGAGUAGACCUUGCAUCACGGACAUUUGAUAGAGGUGACCUUGACCUUAGCAGAGGACGUAGAGAGAGAAGUAGGACAACCUCAGCAGAGGUUGAUCUUCGAUCGACAUCACUGACAGCAUAUCAUGGUGAUUUAUCAAAGACAACACCUGCCCUGUCAGGCAGAUCUAGGGCCAUAUAUCAAGAAAUAUCUGACAUACGAUCGAAGUCAAAAUCCCACUCGGAAGGUGCGGACAACAUAAAUUAUUGUGAGUCAGGUGAAAAUGAAAGUAAUCCCAAAACUGAAAAUACAAAUAACCCAUGUAACCGUAGUAACCAAGCUCACACAUCCCAAGUUUUCAUGAACAGAUUCGUUCCACAAAAUCCUAUUCCGGAAGUGGAGGAAGCUGAUACUGAUACUAGAAGGUUGCAGUUAGCAGAGAAAAUAGAUCCUUCAUAUGCUAGACGAGAAGCAAAAGUGACCCACCAGAGGGAGGCAUUGGAAAAACAGAUGGAAUUAUUGGAGAAGCAAGCAGAAAAACAAGCUCUAUUAUCGUCAUUACCAAUUGUCACAAAGUCUGGCUAUUGCGAUGACGGUAACAUGAGUGACACGCCCACCGACAUCCUCGUAAAUAUACAACCAGUAGAGAAGAUUCCAGCCGCGUCAUGGAGUAAGGGACGUCAAAGACGGGGGUCAGUUGGAUCGGAUGCAUCAGAUUCAUCAUUUAGUGACAUUGAUGAACAGAUCACAGCUUCUGUUAGAAAGAGAUCAAAAUCAGCAGACGGAAGAGAAAUGCUGAGGAGGAUGGGUCCAACAGGCAGCUCGAGCAAAGAAAACGUUACAUUGACAAGAACGUUGUCACCAGCGCCCUCUGCUGGUCUACGUUCUGUAACACUUCGACCAAUAGCAACGCAGCAUAACAAAUCAGCAUUAUCUCUAUCUAGCAGUUUAAACUCUCUAACCCAAGGAUUACGACCAUUUGCACCACGCAGUGCCCAAGAUUUACAGAUUAAUGAUGUUAUCAAGUUCUCCAGACAAGGAGGUAAACUUAGUCAAGGAACAAUUAAAUUUAUUGGACAUCUGCCAGGGCGCGGAGACAUCUACCUCGGAGUGGAGCUUGAUAAAGAAGAUGGAAAACAUGAUGGUGUGUUUGAAGGCAUCCGAUACUUCAAAUGUAAACCAAGCAAAGGUGUGUUUGUUGCUUACAACAAGGUAGUAAUGGCAUGGACUUCAUACUGAGAAUGUAACAAUAUGGCAUGGACUUACAAAAAUAUUCCACAGAAUUUCAUACUGAGAAUACAAGAAUAUGCCAUGGAAUUUCAGUUUCAUACUGAGAAUACAAAAAUAUGCCAUGGAAUUUCAUACUGAGAAUACAAAAAUAUGCCAUGAACUUCAUACAGAGAAUACAAAAAUAUGACAUGGACUUAGUACCGAGAUUAUGAGAAUACAGGGAUAUGUCAUUGACUUCAUACUGGGAAAAAAAUCAUACUGAGAAUAUAGUAAUAUGGAAUGGAUUUAAGAAUAUUGUGUGGACUUUAUACUGAGACCAUAGUAUAAUGGCAUGGACUUCUUACUAAGAAAUCAAAAAUAUGGCAUGGACUUCAUACUGAACCAAGCUCAAUAUUUCAUAUCGUCUGAACAGCCAACAGAGACUAGACAAAAUCAUGUACUUAAUUAAAGCGAGGAAUAACUCUGCAGGUCCUGUCAUGGCAUCAUGUCAUUUCAUUGUAAAGUUCUAAAUGUUAUUACAAGGUUCAUACAUGAAAAAUUUUAUAUAUGUAUACCAGUUUACUUAAACAUGGCAAUUAAUUAGAUUUUAAGUGCUUAUGUAAUAUUAAUGCAUUAAAGUAUUAUAUUAAUAAUUUAUUUCAACUACUUUCCAUAUCUGUGAUAGAUUAUAGAAGUCUUUUUAUUGUUUACUGUUUAUAUUCUACUUAUAAAUUUACAUUGAAUAGUCUCAAUCUUUCAGUUUAGUUUGAUAAAUGUUUGUUUUUAUACAUCUGCAGUUCAUAGUUAAUAUAAUAAAAAGACAUAUUAGAAGUAUAGGUAUGGUAAAACAAGGACUUUAUUUAUUUAAUGUAAUUUGUUUGCCUUAAGACUUCAGUUUUGUAUUUUUACAAAGUUUAUUGGAAUACUUUGUGACACAAGAAUACCUUAGAAGUUUCAUUGAGAUAUGCCAUGAAAAAAGGGGGUAGGGGAUGGAUUUUAGAACUAGUUUUUCAUACUUUAAAUAAAAUAUUUUAACUGUGAACAUCAUUGAUGAUUUUUCUCUAUGCCACUAAUGCGGUAUGUCAUGUUAAAGGUAAUAUUUUGUUGGAAUGAGCUUUUAGUUGUUAAACUAGUAUUUGAGAGGUGUUUUUAUAGAUCUAAUUUUGCAGUUUUAGUUUGACAUCCUAACAUUAUGGAGGACGUUUCUGUCUCAUACUUUUGCCAUAGAUCUAGAUUUUUUAUUUAUGUCUUUUAAUAAGUAAAAAUAUUUUAACUUCUGUGUUACUUUUUAUCCGUCCAAGUAGACUGUUUUACAAUGCUACAUUGACUGAAACCUGUCUUGCAUUCAUUUUGCAUGAAGCAACACAUGUUUUUUUAAUUAAAUAUAUUUAUUUGUCUACAAAAUGAAAACAUAUUUACAGUAAGCUGUAAUUUUUUUCAUCCAUUAUUAUUGCAAAGGUUUAUAUGAAAUGUUUUACAUAUUUUUAAAUUAGAUGUUAAUGAUUCUCAGAGAUGCAUUUUCAAUUUGUUUUGUUCAAAUAUUAAAGUCAAUAGUUUUCUGUUAUUUUUUCCUGUUUGGUUACCACUAUAUAUGUGGUGAUUACUUCAUUAUUAUCUAAUUAUGUUUUUCAUACUGAAACAAACUAUUUUCAUUUGCAUAUGAAGUUUUCAGUAUAAUAAGUCUGCCAGGUACUGUACAUAACGGUACUGUCGGUACAGUUAAACUUUGUUCGCUCAGACUCGGAUAAUUUGAACACAGCCCUUUGCUCAAACUAGUCAUCAGGUCCCGGCAAAAUCAAAAUUGUCCGAUGGUUCAAACAACUGAUAACUCUAAUAAUGUUUGCCGGUCCUGUCGAAAUGGAGGGAACAAUGUUUGCUGUCUUGUCGAAAUGGAGGGAACAAUGUUUGCCGGUCCUGUCGAAAUGGAAGAACCAGUGUUUGCCGGUCCUGUCGAAAUGGAGGGAACAAUGUUUGCCGGUCCUGUUGAAAUGAAGGGAACAAUAUUUGCUGGUCCUGUCGAAAUGGAGGGAACAAUGUUUGCCGGUCCUGUUGAAAUGAAGGGAACAAUAUUUGCUGGUCCUGUCGAAAUAGGGGGAACAAUGUUUGCCUGUCCUGUCGGAAUAGGGGGAACAAAGUUUGACUGUAAUAUUAUUACCCGGUAGCAAAUAUUCACCUACAGUGUGAUAUGUGAGUUAAUCUCUUUUGUGAAUACCUUGGACCAGUAUGAUUACAAGAAUAAGCAACUGAGUGAAUUCUUAAGAACACAAAGAAGUCUGUAGUCUGUUAGAUCUCAAAACAAUGCAAUUAUUACUCGAUCUAUAAUACUUUGUUGUAAAUCAUUGUUACAAAGAAUCGUUUGAUUUAUGUUAAAUCAUAUAGAGGACAUUUUGUAUUAGUUAUUUAUACAGUGAACCGUGAUUAACAAAAAAGAAAAAAAAACAUCCAUAACAACAGCAACAAUAAUUUCUAAAAGGAAAAAUAUGAAAUAACUGUUUUUGAGGAAAGAGCAAAUGUUGGGGAAACCUGAAUCAAAUUCCCUAGCUACAUUCCAGUUUUUUUUGUAAUACAUAUAAUAUUUUGUACACUAUUGAGACAAAGUGCAAGUAAUAGUAUAUUUAUACACUUGAGAUGUGACUGUGAUACCCAGGCACAACUUUGGUCCAGCUUGUUUUGUUUUAAUUCUGUGCAUGAACCAAGCUGAACUUUAUCUUUUUGAUGAAUUAAACUAUAGAUUAUUUUAAAGUGUUUACAUCAUUAUUUACAUGUUUAUAUGUUGGAAGAUGAACAUUUUCACUCUAUUUUUGAUACUUAUACAUAUUAAAUGUGUAUUUCAUUCUAUGGAUAUAUUUACUGCUUUUUAUGUGUAAUGAUUUUGGGAAGAAAGAAACUUUUGAGCCGCGUUAUCAGAAAACCAACAUAGUGGCUUUGCGACCAGCAUGGAUCCAGACCAACCUGUGCAUCCUCACAGUCUGGUCAGGAUCCAUACUGUUCGCUUUCAAAGCCUAUUGCAAUUAGAGAAACUGUUAACGAACAGCAUGGAUCCUGACUAGACUGCGGGGAUGUGUCUGGAUCCAUGCUGGUUGAAAAGCCACUAUGUUGGUUUCCUCAUGGGCCGGCUCAUUUAAAGAACAAGUUUUUAGCAUCUGAAUAUCCUAUUUAUUUAUUAGUGUAUUUAGAGUUAUAUGGCAGUAAAUAUGCUCGUAUAGUUGCCUUUCUAGUUUAAAUGUAUAGAGUAUUGAUUAAUAAAUCUCACAUGAAAUAAC